AAUAUAUGGCAUUAUUUGUUCUAGAACAAGAUCAAUUCGGUGGUGGACAAUUAGAAAUUAUUCAAUUAUCCGAUAUUUUACAAUCUUUAUCAAUACAAACAAGAGAAAAAUUAUCAAAUGAAAAGUUUCGAAUAAAUAUUCCAUUAGAAUUUCGGAAAUCGAAUGAGCUUGAUCAUAUCAAUGCACCAAUAUUAUUAGAUCAUGAUAAAAUUCGUUAUCGAUCAGAUAUCUUAUCUGAACAAAAUCAUGAAGAAUUAAAUGAACUCAACUUAACUAUUCAACAAGUCAAAAAAUAUCAACCAGAACUAAAUAAAUAUACAAUGAUUAUUUUAAAUAAUCAAAAAUAUCUUCAUGGUAGAACAAAAAUUCUUGAUCAUCGCCGACAUUUACUUCGAGUCAGAUUUAAUCGAACUUGUCCUUAUGAUGUUCAUUCGAUUUAUGAAAAAGAGAAACUAUUUCCAGAAUAUUUAACUUUUUCAAAUGAUUUUUAUGAUUAUCUACAAAAUCAACAUGAAAGUUUACAAGAGAUUUUAUCUUUAAUUGUUCAACAAUAUGAUCAACCGACAAGUUUAGGUGAAGAGAUUCGACAAACGUUUCGAUUUAAUUCAAAAAUUGAUCAGAUCAUCAAACAACUGAAUGUUUAUCGACCAAACUAUCAAAUGAACUCAUAUCGACCUGAUCUUAUGUUUAGUCAAGGAAAUUUGUUUAAGAUCAAUGGAAAAUAUUCAUUUCAGCCAAAAAUCUGUGAAAUCAAUGCAAGAUUUCCAUUUAAUGGAUAUUUUUUAUCUGCUGCUUUAUGUUCAACUGAUUGUCACAAUCGAUAUUCACGAAAAUCUUCGCGAAUAAUUGAAACAAUGAUACAAGCAUCAAAAUUUGAUUUGACGAAGCGUAUGUUUAUUGUUAAAUCAAAAGAACAUGGUUAUGAUAUUCAUUUAUUUCAACAAUAUUGGACAAAAAAAUCUUCUGAACAAUGUCUAAUAAUUCAUCCAAAUGAUUUAAAGAUUGAAAAUAAUCAAUUAAUCAAUCAACAAACUAAUUUUAUUAUUGAACAAUUUAUUCUCGAACUACAUCAAGAUGAAAUUUUAAAUUUAUCUAAUGAAGUUCUUGAAUAUUUUAUUCGAAAUAAUGAAAUUAAUUAUAUAAAUGAUUUGCGAACAAUAUUUAUUUUACAUGAUAAACGUUUAUUUUCACUUUUAUCAAAUCAACCAUUUCUCUAUUCUUUAUUAAACAAUAAUCAACAAGAAACAAUUUCACAAAUAAUACCAAAAACGUUUGUUAUUAACAAAUUAUCAAAUUAUCUUAAAGAUUCAAUUGUUCAUAAUAAACAAGAUUGGUGUAUUAAGCCAAAUUCUGGUGGAAAAGGUGAAAAUAUAACUAUAGGUGUUGAUGUAACAUCAGAUGAAUGGUCAAAACAAUUAUUAGAUUCAACUCAUGAACAAUGGAUAGUUCAAGAAUACUUCGGAUAUGUGCAAUAUAAGUCAAUGAAUUUAUGUGGAAUGUUAUUAUGUUUUAAUAAACAUUGUUUCAAUAUGGGAGCAAUUCGAAUGGCUCCAAAUAAAAUUGUGAAUAUAUCUCGUGGAGGUCAUUAUAUUCUUCCUUUUGUACAUCAACAAUAUAUUCAUUGUAUGAACGAUAAAAGUAUUUUAACAAAAGAAAAAUUGCAUGAACAAUUGCUUGAAUUAAAAACAACUGAUAAGUAUUGGAAUCAAUCUGUUUAUCUCUCAUCAUCAGGUGGUAGUGGGGGAAAACGUUUAUUUUUUGCAACAGAUAUUCAAGAAAAUCUUCGUCAAAGACAAAUUCUUGUUAAUAUGAUGUUAGAUAAAGAUAUUAUUUCUGAUCGUGAUAUUUGUUUAAAUUUAUUUCAAUAUGGAAAUAUUUAUCGUUCAUUUGAAAUCUUUAAUGACUUUUGCUCGAUGGCAAAUUGUACAACAUUACCAAUGGGUGCAGAUGCAAGUAAUGAAGAUAUUUUAGAAAUGGUUGAAUAUUUUAAGCCAAAUGUUCUUAUGGGUUCACCAUAUCGUUUAAUGCAAUUAGCACUUUAUUUAGAAAAACAAGAAAAAAACGAUAUUAAAUUUGAAAAAAUUUAUUUUGCUUGUGAAUCACUUGAUAAAAUAAAACAAGAUUAUUUUAAACGUAUAUUUCAUUGUUCAAUCUAUAUUGGAUUUUAUGGCUCAGCUGAAACUGGUGUUUAUGCAUGUCAAUCAUCAAAAUAUUCUUCAACAAAAAUUUAUCUUUAUCCAAAAGAAUUAGUUCAAAUAGAAAUAGUCAAUUCAAAAAUCAUUGUUACAAAUCUUAUUCGAAAACGAAAUCAAUUAGUUCGUUUUGAUUCUGGUGAUCUUGGACGAAUUGUUUCAACAAAUGAAAAUAGUAAAUAUGGUUUGAUUGAAGUAUUUUGUAGUGAACGAUUAAUUUUGAUUGGUGAUGAUGAUCUUUCAAAGUCACAUAUUGAAGAAACAAUGAAACAAACUGAUGUAACUGAAUGGCAAUUAAUUAUUGAUUACGUUUCAUCAAGAAAAACAAAUCAAAUUCUUCUUUUAUUUCGAUAUGUUAAAUCUGAUACAAAUAUGUCGAAUGAAACUCUAGAGAAUAUUCUAAAAAGUUAUUUACAAAAAUUUUUCGCUAAUCAAUUAACAAAUCUUUCCGAAGAAUUAACUCUUCAAUUUGAACCAAUUGAAUUUGAUCAACUGGUUCGAAAUAAAACAUCAAAUAAACUCCUUAAAAUUAUUGAUAGACGUUUUUAG